UAUUUCUGCUAAACUGCAGGUCGGACGCGCGUCCCCGUACAGCGCUAUGUGAGGAAAUGUGUUUGUGAAGCAGUGUGAACGCGCCAAUCUCAACUCCAGACUCAUUCUGUGCUUUCAGUCUCUUUUAUCUCACACACUCCGUUUCCCUCCUCUUCGUCUCUCUUCAGCCUCAUGUUCACACCACCGCCAAGCCGGAGCUGAUUCCCUUUUCAUCCGACACUGAGAGCCCGCUGCCGGGGGCCGGCGGUGUCUACAGAGCGGUGCCAGGAUGAAGUUUUGGGGACCAUGUUUGUUUGGAUUUUAUAUUUGUGCAGCGAUGCUUUUUAAAGGAUCCCUGCAGGGAGAACACCAGAGGAGGCUGUACAAAGAGCUGCUGGCUAACUACAACCGACUGGAGAGACCUGUGGUCAAUGACUCAGCAGCCAUCCUGGUGGAGCUGGGCCUCACACUGCUGCAGAUCAUAGACGUGGAUGAGAAAAACCAAGUGCUGAUGACCAACGCUUGGCUGCAGCUGUACUGGACAGACAUCUACCUUAGCUGGAAUCCAGAAAACUACCCCGGUGUCCAGAACCUACGAUUCCCUUCAGACCAGAUCUGGACCCCUGACAUCCUCCUUUACAACAGUGCGGACGAGCGGUUUGAUGCCACCUUCCACACCAACGUACUGGUAAAUGCGUCAGGUUACUGCCAGUACAUCCCCCCUGGGAUCUUGAAGAGCACCUGCUACAUUGACGUGCGUUGGUUCCCCUUUGACGUCCAAAAGUGCGACUUGAAGUUUGGCUCCUGGACGCACAACGGCUGGCUGCUGGACCUCCAGAUGCUGGAUGUGGACACAUCCACCUAUAUACCCAACGGGGAGUGGGACCUUGUGGGUGUGCCAGCCAAGCGCAACGAGCUGUACUAUGAGUGCUGUAAGGAGCCCUACCCUGAUGUGACAUUCACGGUCACCAUGCGCCGCCGGACGCUUUACUAUGGCCUCAAUUUGCUCAUCCCAUGUGUGCUGAUCUCUGGCUUGGCCCUGCUGGUCUUCCUGCUACCAGCAGACUCUGGAGAAAAGAUUUCUCUGGGCAUCACUGUGCUCCUUUCGUUAACUGUCUUCAUGCUUCUGGUAGCAGAAAUCAUGCCUGCCACGUCGGACUCUGUUCCUCUCAUCGCCCAGUACUUUGCCAGCACCAUGAUGAUAGUGGGAAUGUCUGUGGUGGUGACAGUUAUAGUCCUGCAGUUUCACCAUCAUGACCCUCAGGGAGGCAAGAUGCCCAAGUGGGUUCGCGUGGUUCUGCUGAACUGGUGUGCAUGGUUUCUCCGUAUGAAACAACCUGGCGAUGAGCGCAAGCGGCCUGUUUACAGCUACCGUCACACCUCCCAGCACCACACCAGCACCAGCUCUCUAGAGAUGGGCACUGUACCAAGCCUCACUAUGCCCCUCUCACAGACAUCCUGCCCACCUUGCCCCACAGGCACCACCAACGGUUCCAUGAGCCACUACUUCGGCAAUUACCACCCCAUAGAGAGCCCACACUGCCCACCUUCUAGCGACUCCGGGGUAGCACUAGGAGGACGUGCCCGUGGCUCCCUCAGUGAUGAGGCUGAGCCCCCUGGAGGAGUUGGCAGUGGUGUUGGAGGCCUGGGGAUGGGAGUUGGACCUGGUAUGGGAGUCAGCAUUCCCCCACCAGAGAUCCAGCGCAUCUUGGAUGAGGUGUCAUACAUAGCCCAGCGGUUCCGUGACCAGGACAAGGCUGAGGCCAUCUGCAGCGAGUGGAAGUUUGCAGCAGCGGUGGUGGACCGGCUGUGCCUGGUGGCCUUCUCUCUCUUCUCCAUCAUUUGUACCUUCACCAUCCUUAUGUCAGCACCCAACUUCAUAGAGGCCGUCUCCAAGGACUUCACAUAGCUGUUUGCAGCAGCAGCAGGAGAGAGAGAAGGAAAACAGCAGAAUAUUAGGUUUAAAGAAGAGAUUAAGAGAGAAAGUGGAUGUGGGAAGGAAACAAUGAAGGGUGGAGUAUGUGGUUCUCAACCUACAGUCUGGGCACCCCAUUGGAAAGGAGCUGGGCGACACAGUGUUUCAUGAGAAAAUUUAACUCAAGAAACUCAAGAAUGUAAAUGGAGCCUUGCAGCUCUGCUAAGCUGCUGAAUUGAGCCAAUCAGGAAACAGAAUAUUCAUGAUUGAUAAAUAAGUAAUAACAAAGACAAAUCAUUAUGUGACAUUAGCACAUUCCAAAUUAAGAAUAGAAACAUACAUUCAUUGUCACACUCUGUCCUAAUGUCGGAGACAAACUGUUCAUAUCUAGAAUAGCAAAAUAGGUUGGGCAUGCAGACUAAACAGCAAACCUGGGGAGACUAGAGGCAAAAGGUUGGGAAUCAUGGGGCAGUAGAGGAGUACACUGUGUAGAUUUUCUUUUUUACAUUAAGUAAGAUAUCAGUAAGGUGAAGAUAAUGUGGCAGCUAAUUGUCUUCACCCUGAAAACAGUGUAAAUAUCAGUGUUUUAUCUGCACUAUUCAUUUAGAAAGCUGCUUAAUUUACUGCACAAUGACUCAUACAGCACCACAGUCCACCUCACUGCUUUUUCUCUAGUUCAUUUCACUCAUCGCAACUAUUUUUGUCCUGUAUGUACAAAUCCACACACACACACACACACACACACACACACACAAUUUCCAAAUAUCACCUCAGUUUGGGUUCAUGCCAAUUGUUCACCUUCUUAACUCUUAGUACGGAAAUUAGGCUUUUUCUGAUGAUGUACCAUCCCCGUAAUGAUAUUGGUUAGUUAAUAAAAUGAGAUGUUUCACUGUAAAUUUAAUUGUUUUGGCUUUCAUACUUCGAUCACCAUACCAUUGGACACAACUUCAUUUGCUUUUAGGAAUGC